UAUGGAUUCAAAUGACUAAGACAAAUACAAUGUUUAAAUAGUAGUAAAAUUCCCAGAUAUACCUAAAACUGACUUUGUGAGUUACAUUUAUCAUUUUGAAGUCAUAGGCAAAUAAGAAUAUACAUUCUUAUAGUAGUUUUAUCCAUUUCAUUUGGAAAUGAAAGAUCAAUUAGAAUUUCCUCCGUAUUAUUCGAUUGACAUUUGUGGUAUCUGCAAACGUUAAAAUUAUUUAAAAUAAGUAGAUUAAUGCUUGUCUGGAAGUAGGUAUUGUGAAUCUGAUCCAGAUGGUCCUGGCCCUUUGAAAGGUGCAGAUUCUUUAAGAGAAAUUAUUAGAUAAUUGUGCAUAUUCAAAUAGGAUAAAGAUAAAUGGUGGAAGUAUGUCUUAAAAUUCGGCAAUUAAUGUUUAUAGAAUGCAUUUCUCCUUCUUGCUCAUUUGAUAUUAUGACCAAGGUGGGUAUAGAUGCUGAAGAAGUAAAGACAUGCUAUGCUAUGUCAAAAGUUUUGUCAACGGGAGUGAAGACCAAGGAGAGAAUUCUUUACUUAAUGAACAAUUGGAUUUUCAGAGGAAGAACAAUGUACAUUAUAAUCCUUAUUUACAAAUCAACUGCAUCAGAUACAAGGGAAGGUUGACUUUCC